UUAAUCUUGAUUUCAUUAGAAAAAAGGAAUGUGUAUCCUAUCCGUAAGCUCUUUUGUUAUUACCAUAUCAACGCAAUAAUCCACGCUUCAAAUGUACAGGGGAAAGUUAUAUUCAUCGGCAUAAUAUUCUUGAGUUUCAAUAUGGAAAUAUCUUUAUUCAUAAUUAUCAUAACUUAGGCCUGUAUUGCAACACAAAUAGCAAUUGUAGACACGUUAAGGAAGCCAUGUUUGUACGGAGUUAUUAGAAAUAGCCCUGAACUGUUCUGCUUAACAAAAAUGGUUUCAACAUUAAAUUUGUUGCAGGUGUUUGUAGCUGUGUGUUUAUUAACAGCGACAACAUAUUUCUUUGUUAUCAAAAGGAUAUAUUACUUUAACCAUGAUUUGUAUGUAUUGGAGAAAAUACAAAUGGAAUCAGAAAACUGCGAGACCUGUUUCACCAGCAAAGUUCCAAAUUUGAUCAUACAGUAUGGUGGUCAGCGGACCGCUACAACUUUUCAAUUCCAAAUUCUGUGCUUGAUAAUGGCCCUGUUGCACGAGGAUGAAAUAAACUCUGUCGGUUGUUAUUAUAGUAAAAUCUUCACGAAAAUGGUGUACAAGUAUUCUGUUAUUAAAACGCAUACCCUGAAAAAUUUCGUUAUGGAUUUACCAGCAGACACUUGGGUUUUUAUGACUUCAAGCAACAAUCUAAAGCCUGAGAAAAAGCUUGUUUAUGAAUGGAGUAAACGAAAAACAAUAGAAAGACAUAUUAGAAUACCUUUCAUAGCAGAAAUUGAUAUUGUCUCUAAACGUGGGUAUUUUAUAGUCUAUGAGUAUCAGGAUAUUUUUGGGUUGUCUGACAAACAAAUGGAAUACCUUUUGGAAUAUUUACGAUACUGGGAAAUACUUCGAGUAUGCUGCGGUGUUCAAAUGUCUUCAGACUGGAGGAAUCAGCUUUCACCAGUUUCUAAUUAUAGUCAACAUCAUGAUCCUCAUAGUCCGGCUUACCCCGCUUGUGAAAUGUACAAUAUAAGUCAGGUCGAAAAUUUGAUGCUCAAAACUUACGUCUUUCAGACAUUUUCUCAAAUCAUUUCACUUCAUCAUGUCAUCGGAAAGCCUUCAACAGCUGAUGGUGAGCUAAAUGGAACUUAUUGUGAACGUUGUCAGGCAAAUAUAACCAUGAACAACAUACAAUUUAAUAUACCUUGUACGUGAAUUACAGUCAGGAAAACAAAUUACAAUCAAACUUGAGAGAUUACAACCUUUGUGAAGUUCACUGCGUCUUUGGGCAAGGCAACAGAAACCUUAAAAUGACUUGAAAGGAAAUCACCAUUAUCGUAAUAAUAAUUAAAAAGAUCAGCUUUAACUACAUGUAUACGAGAAGGCCAACGGUGUAUCUAGUAACGUCUUAUAGACGCUCCAAUGAUGUUUCUCAACCUUUCAAAUGUACAAUAUAACUACAUGUAUACAAUAAUAUUUCAAAUCUAACUAUAUUAAAUAUUGCAUUUAUAUAUUGAAUUACCAUAUCAUAUUUACUUGCACAUGUUCAAUAAUUUUGGAUAAAUAAAGGAGGAACGUAAGUAAAGAAAAGGUGGGUGAGACCACCAAUGUUGUAUUUUUUUGAAAAAAAAUGUAAAUUGCUAUACUGAGCAAAUAACAUUUACAAGAAUAUAUGUAACAUCCGUACCCAAAUACAGCCGUAGUUACAUGGCUGAUUAUCAGUUGACAUACAAUUUUAUAUAAACAACACAUUUGUGGGUAACAGUAAAAUAAUAAUCCCAAGGAAAACACCGUAAGCCGAGGGUAAAAGUAUUUUUACGAGGGAUGAUACUUUUACUGUUACUCACAAACCCAUGUGUUUUUUAACUAAUGUCCCUGAACACGUACUAUGAUUAUUUGAAAACUUCUAUCUGUAACAAAACUGAACCAAGAGUAACAUUAACUCAACUAUCUUUACCUUUCAAGCUGUAAGUGUACAUGAGAAGUUUUUUUUCUUUAAUUCUUUAAGCAAAUGAUGAUGCCUACCAGUCAUUUAUAUACAAUAAGCUAUGUUUCAAUUUGAAAUCAAAACACAAACCAAUUUAUACGGUUAUGAUCUGUGAAUCUGUUCCUACUGUCUCCAGAAUAUACUUCUCAAGUACACAAAUUCGACAAUGUGCAUCAACGAAAUUACGACGGUAUCCUUCAUCGGUUUACCACACUGUUAAAAUUAGUAAAUAAUCCUAAGUUGCAUGCUUUAAUCAUCUGCUU